GGCGGCAUCGCGGCGCUUGGGGCCGCCCGGGCGGGCUGGCGCUGGCCCCGGGCGCCUCGGCUCCCUGGCUCGAGCUGGGCGUGUUUUCCGCCCGUGGCCCGGACGGGGCAGCUGGGCGCGGGUCACUUUCCUCCUCUCUGCCGCGAAGGGUCCCGGUGGUGGCCCGCCAAGCAGAGCUGGUCCCCGCGUGGAUCCCUGGGUUUCCCGGGCACGCCUCGCCAGAGUGACUGCGCCUUCCUCGGGGGUCUGGAGGCGGGCGCCUCGGCUCUCAGGAGCUCCUGGCCGCUCCCGGACGCGCGUCUUGCCCUUGGGCUGCAGGGCAACCCGGCUACCCGCCCCCGCCCCGCCGCUGGGCUGCCCAGGGUGGGCCUCAGCUGCACAUUUCCGAAGAAGGGAGCAGUCCUGAGCGCCGGGUGUCCAGAGAUGGCUUUUCCUCUUCACCCUGCCACAGGCUGAUGUGUUCAGAGGCCAUUGCGGGCAUCCCAGGCCGUGGAGCUGGUUGUCUGGAGCUGGAGGCUGGCUGCCAUUUGGGAGAAAGGUGAGCUGCAGCUGAGCCUGGCCCAGAAUGGCUGGUGCUUCCGUCAAAGUGGCUGUCCGGGUACGGCCUUUCAACGCCCGCGAAAUCAGCCGAGAUGCCAAAUGUGUGAUCCAGAUGCAGGGGAAAACCACCUGCAUCACCAAUCCCAAGCAGACAAAAGAUGCCCCCAAGAAUUUCACCUUUGAUUAUUCGUACUGGUCUCAUACCUCCGAGGAGGACCCCAAUUUUGCACCCCAGUGGCAAGUCUACAAAGACAUUGGAGAGGAAAUGCUGCUUCACGCCUUCGAGGGCUACAACGUCUGCAUCUUUGCCUAUGGGCAGACGGGGGCCGGCAAAUCCUACACCAUGAUGGGCAAGCAGGAGGCGGGCCACCAAGGCAUCAUACCCCAGCUCUGCGAAGACCUUUUUGCCCGAGUGAAUGAGAACAAAUGCCCCAACCUCUCCUGUUCCGUGGAGGUGAGCUAUAUGGAAAUCUACUGUGAGCGUGUCCGUGACCUCCUGAACCCCAAGAGCCGCGGGAAUCUGCGUGUACGAGAGCACCCCAUCAUGGGGCCCUACGUGGAAGACCUCUCCAAGCUUGCAGUCACCUCCUUUGAGGAUAUUGCUGACCUCAUGGAUUGUGGCAACAAAGCCAGGACUGUGGCUGCCACCAACAUGAACGAGACCAGUAGCCGCUCCCAUGCAGUCUUUACCAUCGUGUUCACUCAGCACCGGCAUGAUGAGCUCACGGACCUCGACACGGAGAAGGUCAGCAAGAUCAGCCUGGUGGACCUGGCUGGGAGUGAACGUGCCGAUUCGUCCGGAGCAAAGGGCAUGCGGCUAAAGGAAGGUGCCAAUAUUAACAAGUCCCUCACCACCCUGGGGAAAGUGAUCUCGGCGCUGGCAGAGAUGCAAAACAAGAAAAAGAAAUCGGAAUUCAUCCCUUACCGGGACUCGGUGCUCACGUGGCUGCUGAAAGAGAACUUGGGAGGCAAUUCCCGCACGGCCAUGAUUGCUGCCCUCAGUCCAGCUGACAUCAACUACGAGGAGACGCUGAGCACCCUCCGGUACGCCGACCGCACCAAGCAGAUCCGCUGCAAUGCGGUUAUCAACGAAGAUCCCAACGCCCGGCUCAUCCGCGAGCUCAAGGAGGAAGUGGCCAGGCUGCGGGACCUCCUCUCUGCCCAGGGCUUAUCGGCCAUCACUUUCCGUGGUUCAAAGCCCGAUGACCUGGACGGUGGCGCCAGCCUUCCCCCUUCGCCUUUUGUGCCCACGGCUGAAUCGCCCCUCUCCCUCAAUGGGGAGUCGGAGCCCUACUCCAGCCUGGAAGAUCAGAUUAUCUGCACAGAGGAGGCCAUGGAGAGGCUGCAGGAGACAGAGAAGAUCAUCGCCGAGCUCAACGAAACAUGGGAAGAGAAACUGCGCAAGACGGAGGCGAUCCGGAUGGACCGGGAGGCUCUCCUGGCGGAAAUGGGUGUGGCUCUCCGAGAAGACGGGGGCACCGUGGGAGUCUUCUCUCCCAAGAAAACUCCACACCUGGUUAACUUGAAUGAGGACCCCCUGAUGUCGGAGUGCCUGCUCUACCACAUCAAGGAUGGCAUCACCCGAGUUGGCCAGGAGAACGUGGACAUCAAACUGACGGGGCAGUUCAUUAAGGAGCAGCAUUGCCUCUUCCGCAGCGUCACCACAGAGUCGGCAGAAGUUGUCGUCACUCUGGAGCCGUGCGAGGGCGCAGAGACCUAUGUCAACGGGAAGCAGGUGACGGAGCCGCUGGUGCUGAGAUCAGGGAACCGAAUCGUGAUGGGCAAGAACCACGUUUUCCGCUUCAACCACCCAGAGCAGGCGCGCAUGGAGAGAGAGCGGAACCUGCCCCUCGAGAGCCAGCCGGAGCCGGCGGACUGGACCUUUGCCCAGCGGGAGCUGCUGGAGAAGCAGGGCAUCGAUAUCAAGCUGGAGAUGGAGAAGAGGCUCCAAGACCUGGAGAACCAGUACCGGCGGGAGAAGGAGGAGGCCGACCUUCUCCUGGAGCAGCAAAGACUGUAUGCAGACUCUGACAGCGGUGACGACUCGGACAAGCGCUCGUGUGAGGAGAGUUGGCGGCUCAUUUCCUCGCUGAGGGAAAAGCUCCCAGCCACCAAAGUGCAAACCAUUGUGCGCCGGUGUGGCCUGCCGAGCUCAGGCAAGAAGCGGGAGCCAUUGCGUGUGUACCAGAUCCCGCAGCGCCGACGAGUGGCCAAGGACCCCCGCUGGCUGACGCUGGCCGACCUCAAAAUGCAGGCCGUCAAGGAGAUCUGCUACGAGGUGGCGCUCAAUGACUUCCGCCACUCCCGCCAAGAGAUCGAAGCCAUGAGCAUCGUCAAGAUGAAGGAGCUUUGCCGCCUCUAUGGGAAACGUGACCCCAAUGAACGGGACAGUUGGCGGGCCGUGGCCCGGGACGUGUGGGACACUGUUGGGGUGGGUGAGGCUGAUGGCACUGCUGGCAGCAGCGGCACUGGGGGUGGGGCCUCCGAUGGCCGAGCCAGCACCCCCGGCAGUGAUGUCGAAGACCUCCGAGCUCACAUCGACAAGCUGACCGAUAUCCUUCAAGAGGUGAAAAUCCAAAACAACAUGAAGGACGAAGAGAUCCGUUCCCUGCGAGAUCGUGUGGUCAAGAUGGAGCGCGUUAUACCCAUCUCUGCCCAGGAGGAUGAAGACCUAGAGAACGAGUGGGGCUCCUUGCUGCUUGCAGAAGGCCUGGUAGCAGACAGGGAAGCAAAGGAACAGCCCGGCAGCCAGGAGGAGGCGGAGGCGGCUUCUUCCUACGACCGGGUCUCCCGCCUGAUGGAGAAGGACCCUGCCUUCCGGCGGGGGCGCCUCCGCUGGCUUCGGCAGGAGCAAGCCCGGCUCCAGAAUCUGCAGCAGCAGCAGCAGCUUAGUCGGGCCCUGCGCCGCACCCAGCCGCACAACGCAGCUCCUGGCAAGUUCAUCCCCCCCCAGGACUGCAAGCUGCGCUUCCCCUUCAAGAGCAACCCCCAGCACCGCUACUCCUGGGGGCCCAACUCCGCCUUCAUGGUGGGGGGUGGCAGUGGGGAGAAGGCGACUGCGGCCAGCGAGGAGGCCCCCCCGCCUGCCUGCCAAGGGAGCCCUCAGCCUCCGCGUCAACGCACGGCCCGCCCUGCCCGGCGCAACUCCCUGGAAGGCGGGCAUCGAGGCAGGCGAGCGCAGGGCCAAGAGCGUUGCCAAGCCCGCAAGCACACCUUCUACCCCCUGCAGCACCAGCCGUACCCCCAGCACCGGCCUAGCAACCCUGGCAGCAGCACCCCACCACGCAUGCGCCGGCAGAGAUCAGCGCCGAACCUGCAGCAGGAACAGCGUGAAAGCACUGUGUAAUGGGGGGCGGGGGGGGGCGGGUGAUGCUGAGGCUGGAAGGAAAGGGGAAGGAGGGGCCCCGGAUUCCCCCCGCCCCGCCCGGCCCAGCCUGAGUGAGGGGCAGCUGCUGUUGGACUUGAGCCUCUCCACCUAAAAUACUUGUUGUGAUAGGGCGGGGGGGGGGGAGAUUUGGGGCAUGAGGAGGUGGUGGGUGAGGGGGAGUGGAGCCUGCUGGGUGGUUUGGGAGGGGGCAGUGGAAGGAGGAGGGACUAUUUGUGGGGAUGCCAAAGAUACUAGAGUAGGAAAUGCAGGAGGCCUUGAGGGGAGGGGGGAGCCUUGUGGUGGCAGGAGGAGGAGCAGGGGCCUUUGUGAUGAGGGAAAUAGGAAGGAGGCUGGAGAAAUGGGGGGGGGGCUAAAGAGGGAAGGGCUGUACAAAGCAUUUAGUAGGUUGUGGAAGUGCGAGGGAGAAAGGCCAGGAAUAGAAGCCAGCAGUAGGGAACUGGGACGGCGGCGGUGAGGGCUUCAGGUGAUCCUCUCUAGGAGGGUGGGGGGAAGAGGCUAUAACUGCUGGGGAGCAACACACACACACACACCCCGCACUGCUCUGUCUUGCCUGCAGUCUUGGUUAGGACGAUCCAGCCCGGGGGGAGGCAUGAACUUCUUUCCUUGCUGGGGUUUCGGCUGGACACCACGGCUUCCUGCUUGCCUGUCCACUGGUAGUUUCAGGUGGGUAUCUAUGUUGGUCUGCUGUAGAAAAACAAGAUUUGGGUCCAGUAGCAUCUUAAAGGGGUAUGAACUUCUGAGAGUCACAGCUCCCUUCUUCAGAUACAUUUAGAAGUGGACAUACGAAGGGUUUUAUCCAGCCAGAAAGUGGAAGGAAUAUUUAGAGUAAGGGCGUAAGGUAUAAUAUAAUACUGUAAUGAGCUUGAUAGAGUUGGGGAUGUGAAAAGCAGGAAAUUGGCAUCUGUAGUGUGAAAUAAAUCCUAUUUUCCUAUUAAGCCCAGGGGGUGGGGGGGUGUCCAUUGUUUUGCAUUUGCAAAUAAACUCCGUUUCCACAAUCUGA